ACAGCAGAUAGUACUUAUAUUAGUACUGUACGUACUGGUGAAUUCAAGGUAACAACACGUCAAGACACACCAUACACGGCCUCUAAAUUCCGGAUUUGAAAGCGAGAACCAUAUAAUUAAUUGACCUAUGGAAGGAGAGAGGUUUUGAGGUGUGGGGUCGGUGAUGGACGGUGGUGGAGUGAACUACAACCCUCGCACCGUGGAACAGGUUUUCCGGGACUUCAAGGGCCGUAGAGCUGGCAUGAUCAAGGCUCUCACCACUGAUGUUGAAGAAUUUUUCCAGCAGUGCGAUCCUGAAAAGGAUAAUCUUUGUCUGUACGGAUUCCCUAAUGAGCAAUGGGAAGUUAAUUUACCUGCGGAAGAAGUUCCUCCGGAGCUUCCUGAGCCUGCAUUGGGCAUAAACUUUGCUAGGGAUGGGAUGCAAGACAAGGACUGGCUGUCUUUGGUUGCCGUUCACAGCGAUGCAUGGUUACUUGCAGUGGCUUUCUACUUUGGGGCACGAUUUGGUUUUGAUAAUGCUGACAGGAAACGCCUGUUCUCUAUGAUUAAUGAUUUACCAACAAUAUUUGAGAUUGUGACUGGAAGCGCAAAAAAACAGACGAAGGAAAAAUCAUCCAUUUCAAACCACAGCAGUAACAAAUCAAAAUCUGGUUCAAAAGGGCGAGGAUCUGAAUCAGGGAAGUAUUCAAAGGAAACAAAGGACGAGGAGGAAGAGGUACUGGAUGAAGAAGAUGACGAGGAGCAUGAGGAGACCUUGUGUGGGGCAUGUGGGGAGCACUAUGCAUCCGAUGAGUUCUGGAUUUGUUGCGACAUAUGUGAGAAGUGGUUCCAUGGCAAGUGUGUGAAGAUCACUCCAGCCAGGGCCGAACACAUCAAGCAGUAUAAGUGCCCCUCAUGCAGCAAUAAGAGAGCACGGCCUUGAUAUAGUUGAGAAGUGGGUCAGUCCUCACCCCUUGUAACUAAAUCAUGUUGGACGUCUAACUUGUUAGUGGCUUAGGCUUCCUUUGUCAUGCCAUGAUGGUGUGGAAUAUGUAUUCAGUACUUUGGGUCUUGUGAACCUUUCAGUGGAUAUAUUUAUUAAUAUUGAUAGUUUGCAGGUUCUGAACA